GCUGUGCUGUUGCAAAGUGCACCGCCGCGUGCGUAUAAAGCCGGGUUAUUUCGGCUUCAGCAGAUGUGUGAAGUGUGUCGGGCGUCUUCCAGCUGGACAAAACGUCAAGAUGUCUGCAGAGAGAUUUGAGAAGCAGAAGACGCUGGACUUGAGGAAGAAGCACAUCGGGCCAUCUUGUAAGAUUUUCUUCAGCCAUGACCCCAUCAAGAUUGUGCGAGCCAAAGGCCAGUACAUGUACGAUGAAAAGGGACAGCGUUACUUGGACUGCAUCAACAACGUGGCUCAUGUGGGCCACUGCCACCCGGAUGUGGUGAAAGCGGGAGCUCAGCAGAUGGAACUCCUCAACACCAACUCACGUUUCCUGCACGACAACCUCGUACUGUACGCCCAGAGGCUGCAGGCCACUCUGCCUGACAAGCUGUCCGUGUGCUACUUUGUCAACUCUGGCUCUGAAGCCAACGACCUGGCCCUUCGUCUAGCAUGGCAAUACACCGGCCACAAAGAUAUCAUCACUCUGGACAAUGCAUACCACGGCCACGUCUCGUCGCUCAUUGACAUCAGCCCGUACAAGUUCCACCAGCUGUCAGAUGCCGAGCAGAAUCCAUCUGUCCAUGUGGCUCCCAGCCCAGAUGUGUACAGAGGCAAGUACAGAGCGGACCACCCGGAUCCUGCCACGGCAUACGCAGACGAAGUCAAAGACAUAAUAGACACAGCCCACAACAAAGGAGGAAAGAUUGCUGCAUUUAUUGCUGAGUCACUGCAGAGUUGUGGCGGACAGGUCAUUCCCCCCGUGGGUUACUUCCAGCAAGUGGCAGAACACGUCCAUAAGGCCGGGGGCGUUUUCAUUGCUGAUGAAGUCCAAGUGGGCUUUGGCCGUGUUGGCACUCACUUCUGGGCCUUUCAGCUUCAGGGUGAGGAUUUUGUGCCUGACAUCGUCACAAUGGGGAAACCCAUUGGCAACGGCCACCCCAUGUCGUGUGUGGUCACGACAAGAGAAGUGGCGGAGGCCUUCAUGUCAUCUGGAAUGGAGUACUUUAAUACAUUUGGUGGUAACCCAGUGUCAUGUGCCAUCGGUUUGGCCGUCCUAGAUGUGAUUGCGAAGGAGGACCUGCAGGGUAAUGCUCUGCGUGUGGGCCAGUACCUGACCAAUCUGCUGGAAAAGCAGAGAGAGAAGCACGUACUGAUCGGAGACGUCAGGGGCUGCGGCCUCUUUGUUGGGGUGGAGCUCGUCAGGGACAGGUUGAAGCUCACUCCUGCCACAGCAGAGGCACAAGAAGUCAUAUAUAAGCUAAAGCACGAGCACAUCCUUCUCAGUGCAGACGGACCCCAUCGCAACGUGCUUAAGUUUAAGCCUCCAUUGUGCUUCAGCACGGAGGACGCCGACCUGGUGGUGGAGCAAAUUGACCUCAUUCUCACAGAACUGGAGGAAGCUUUAGGCUUAAAGCUGCACAACACUCUGAAAGUAGAGAAUGAAAACAGUAAAAGGAAGCUGGCAGCUGAUGAAAAUGGACACAGUGGUUUAGCACACAGCAGAGGGAGCGGUCAAGGAGGUCCUCAACAAACCAGACAAAAACGCCUCAAGACAUGAAGCUGCCUGUGAGCAAAUUGCUUGACCUAAACAAAAAGUGCCUUAGCAUCGAAUGAAAAAUGGUUUUUCAUUAAUAAUAUGAGACUGCAGUGUCUUCUCAGGUAUUAAUUAUUUUAAAUGACACUCUUUGAGCAUAAUAACAUGCCUGUUAUGGUUUUACUUGAUGCAAAACAUUCACUUCACUGUGCAAGUUACCAUGCUAUGCAUCUUAUAUUUUUAAUUUCUCACUUGAUUUUUCAUUGAAAGACAAUUUCAACAUGUGUAAGUCAAACUAUGUGGUGGUAUCUGAUUAUUUAAAAUUAAAUACAGAUUUUUCUCGUUAUAAAACAUGGAAUACCUGUAGACUAUUACCUGUUUAAAGUGCAUUAAAGAGAAUAAUGUGUAA